GGUCUACAUCUGUAGCUACUCGGCAAGAGGAGCUUUUCCACUUUAACGAAUUCUACCAUCUCUCGCUCUACAAAUAUAUUCUAAUAUUCUCUCUCUAGGAAUAUAUUGCUUUGGUCAUCCAUUAUUUGUCAGCAGAUCGUUCAUGGCUUCCCAAAUCGUGAGAAGCGUCCUCCGGAGCCGUGCCAACGAGAUCUUCUCCGCGUCGUCUCUUAGGGUUUUCUCAUCUUCUGAUCGGACCCUAUGCUCAAACGCCGGAGCUUCCAAUGUCAUCCGAGCCACUCUUUUCCCCGGUGACGGAAUUGGUCCUGAGAUCGCCGACUCCGUCAAACAGGUAUUUAGGGCAUGUGAGGUGCCAAUUGAGUGGGAAGAACAUUACGUGGGGAAGGAAAUAGAUCCCAGAACUCAGAGUUUUCUUACAUGGGAAAGUCUAGAAUCUGUUCGACGAAAUGGUGUUGGCUUAAAAGGGCCAAUGGCCACACCAAUUGGGAAAGGUCAUCGUUCUUUGAACCUUACUUUGAGGAAAGAACUUAAUUUGUAUGCCAAUGUUAGACCUUGCUACAGUCUUCCUGGUUAUAAAACUCGGUAUGAUGAUGUGGAUCUUAUCACUAUCCGUGAAAACACUGAAGGGGAGUACAGUGGCCUCGAGCAUCAAGUGGUUAGGGGUGUGGUUGAAAGCCUCAAGAUCAUUACUCGUCAAGCAAGCCUGAGGGUCGCCGAAUAUGCCUUCCAUUAUGCCAAGACCCAUGGAAGGGAGAGAGUCUCUGCAAUACACAAAGCCAACAUUAUGCAGAAGACUGAUGGUCUAUUUCUUAAGUGUUGUCGCGAGGUUGCAGAGAAGUACCCUGAGAUAACAUAUGAGGAAGUCGUCAUUGAUAAUUGCUGUAUGAUGCUUGUGAAGAAUCCAGCUCUUUUUGAUGUUUUAGUAAUGCCUAACCUUUACGGUGACAUUAUCAGUGACCUUUGUGCUGGGUUAAUUGGGGGCUUGGGUUUAACACCAAGUUGUAAUAUUGGUGAGGGAGGUAUUGCUCUUGCUGAGGCUGUACAUGGUUCAGCACCUGAUAUUGCUGGAAAGAAUCUAGCAAACCCAACAGCUUUGCUGUUAAGUUCUGUCACAAUGCUGCGCCAUUUGAAGCUUAAUGAUAAGGCUGAUCGGAUUCAAGAUGCCAUCCUCAACACGAUCGCUGAAGGGAAGUAUCGAACUGCUGACCUUGGUGGCUCUUCAACGACAUCUGACUUCACGAAGGCAAUAUGCGAUCAUCUCUGAAGAGUGUUUCUACUUAAAUUUUGAUUAUUGAACCCCCAAUUGUUCCUAAUGAUGUUCCUAAUACUGUUCAAUAGAAAUAAGAGCAACAUGUUGUGCAUUUACAGUUGAUUACUUUUUAUUCUUUUUAAUUACUAAGACAAUCAUUAGGUAAUUUUCUAUAGAAAUGAAUUACAAGUGUGGUGGGUUACAAAA